AUGCCUUGCAUAUGUUUAGUUCUCCAUAUUUUCUAUAGAAGCACUGAUAACGGUUGUACUAUUUCGCAUAAUGCAAAAAACGAUGAGAAAACUCUCAGCAUUCAACAAAGUGAUCAUAUCUCUAAAAGGUAUUCCCCCUCUGAGAGAAAUAGCUACUACGCACAUGAUAGUUGUGAUGAAUGA